UAUCUCUCUUUCCUCAGGUAUUCUGAUCUUCAUAAACUGUGCUUACGUGAAGUGGGGCACUUUGGUUCAAGAUAUUUUCACGUACACCAAGAUCAUGUCUCUGCUCCUCGUCAUCACAGUGGGCAUCAUUAAAAUAAUUAACGGAGAAACAAAGAACUUCAUUAGUCCAUUCGAGGGCUCCUCCACGGAGGCGGGCAGCAUUGCCCUGGCUCUUUAUUCAGCUCUGUUCUCCUACUCUGGCUGGGACACGCUCAACUUUGUUACUGAGGAGAUCCAGAACCCUGAGAGGUGUCAGCAUAUCCAUUUUUCCCCCAUUUAACUGGAUAUUGUCAUUUUAAUAUUGUGUUCUCAUUCAGUAAUUGUGCAUCUGUGUACAAAAAUCACAUACUCCUGGUGGCCUUAGAAACCAGUCAUUUAAGGCAAUUAUAUAACUCUACAAAAGCAUAUUUUUUUAUGAGUAACAAUACUCCUAAACACAACUGCA